GUAGACGACGCACGCAUGCACUGUGUCGGAGAGACAUCGCGAAUUUAAGUUUUACGGAGUUGUAUUAAAGAAUAGUUUCGUGUAAACUUUUACUAAGAUUUCCCGUAUAUUGUGUGGUAACUCUUUCAUAUUAAAAUUAAUAAGGAAACUAUUUGAAAAGAAAAUUUGACUGAGUAUUUUAAAUUUAAAGAGUGCUGUUGUAUUUUUACUGUAAAAGUGUGUGAAAUCAAUUUUAUUCAUAUAAAUUUUAAAAUAACGUGUGCUAAUUAUUAAGAAUGUAAUUAAUAGUUGUAUGAACUUAAAAACUGUUAAAAGUGCUUAAAAGUUUAAAGUUUUUCUAAGCUGGAGGCAGUGCAAGAUGUGAACACACGUCAUGGAAGAGGCGUGUGACGACUGCGGCAUCUACUCGCAGCUGAACGCGACCUUGUAUGCGAACGAUACCAAAAAUGUCACACGCAUCAACAAGUUUUAUUUUUAUCAGAGUACCCAGCUGGCAAUACUGUGGGUACUGCUGGCGGCGAUCGUGGCUGGCAACGCGACGGUGGUGCUGGCCCUCUUCCUCACCAAGUCCAGGAAGAGCCGGAUGAACUUCUUCAUCAUGCAUCUUGCGAUAGCAGAUUUAUGGGUGGGGUUAAUAAGUGUCCUGCCGGAUCUAAUCCACCGGAUAACGAUAGCAUGGUACGCCGGCGCAGUCAUGUGCAAAUUGAUGAAAUACUUACAGGGUGUAGUUACAUAUUCCUCUACAUACGUGCUGGUUGCGCUGAGCGUCGACCGAUGCGACGCUAUCACACAUCCGAUGCGGUUCACUGGAAGUUGGCGACGCGCGCGCGCACUAAUACUGGGCGCUUGGAUACUGAGCUUCCUUUUUUGUAUGCCGAUGUUAAUUUUGUUUGACGAAGCCAACAUACAAGGCACUCCUCAAUGCUGGUCAAGCAUGAACCAGCUGCAGUGGCAGGUAUGGAUGACGACGGUGUUCGUGUCGCUGUUCGUUGCGCCCGCGCUCACGAUAGCAGCAUGCUACGGAGUCAUCCUGGUCAAGAUACAGCAGAAGAGUCGAAGAGUGCUCAGCAAGAGAGCAGCUGCUAGACAGAGCAGCGAUGAUUUGGAUAGCCGCAGAGCGAGCAGCCGAGGAAUAAUACCGAAGGCGAAGAUUAAAACGGUCAAGAUGACUUUCGUUAUCGUAUUCGUUUUCGUCCUCUGCUGGUCGCCCUACAUGAUCUUCGACCUACUCCAAGUUUAUGGCUACGUGCCCAACACGCAAGUCAACAUAGCCAUCGCCUCUCUCAUACAGAGCCUUGCACCUUUGAACUCCGCUGCGAACCCUGUCAUAUACUUCAUCUUCUCUAACAGGAUAUUUAUCAGUCUACGGAACAUUCCGCCAUACAAAUGGCUGUGGUGCAUAAAGACGGAAGACAGCAUAGCAGCCAACGAGUCGCGAGCGCAUACAGAGAUGCUGACGUCAUCGCACCGGCGCACCAGACACGAACUCACUAUAAGGAUGAAAGACAGCAGCGUCAAGACCCAAAGGCAGCGUUUACACCAGUACAACGGAAGUUCGCGUAAAGUUCGCAUGAACCUGCCCAAGAACCAGAUGCAAACAAACAACAACUGCCAUCCGGACGCGCACCGAAGACCUGCCGAUACCUUUUUGUGAACAGCACUUAUCAAGAAAACAAUUUAUUAAAUAUCCAAAUAUACGACUUUUUUAAUGUAAAUUAAGUGAUGGUUGCCAAGAAAUGAAUGAUCUUUUUAGAAAGACGAAUAAUUUCUAUCCGGUCUCUACUACUAAUAUAAAUGCAACAGUGUGUCUAUCUAUCUGUUUCCUUUUCACGGCCAAGCAUAACAAGAGUUCGCUUGCGAACCAAGAUUGCAAUGGUUACUUUUUUAUCAAAUCAACUAAAUCCGCGUGCAGUCGUACCAUCAUCUAGUAGAGUCUCAAAAUUUCUUUGUUUCCGUGUUUAGUACUAUGUGGCUAAGUAAGGUAUUGAAUGGACUCACUGCUUAGUUUUUGCUGGAGAGCGCCACACACUACUCCAUUAUAAAACUUUUCGGCUCCAACGGGCAUUGCUCCUACGAAAAACAUACCCUGCCCAUUGGCACUCCAACUUGCUGAAAGCUUGGGCUAUAAUCAAUCUCUCCAGCUUGUUGGACCGAUGAUAUAAAGAGAUAGGUGGGUUGUGGCUGGAUGAAGAGGGUUGACUUUUAUUCAUUUUUAGACUAGCGCUUGGCUACAAUCAGACCCGUUGGCAAGUGAUGAUGCGGCCUAAGAUGCGCUUGCCUAGAAAAUGCCUAUUGACUCUUGACGUGAAGAUACCAAUAUUGAAAGUGCAGCGAAAACUAAUACUAGAAGAGUGUUCCAUAAGAAUAACCAUAAGAAUCCCAGUUCGAAAAAGAAAUGAGAAAGCAGAUUGUUUCGUACGUGUCCGUGGGAUUUCGAUUACGUACGAUUGUAAUAGCUCGCGUUGGGAAAGAACAUAUGUUUAGCAAGCAAUCCGCAGGUUAAAAUGAUGAUGGUGGUGAUCGAUGAAGUAGUUAGUAGGCACUUAUGUAAUAUGUCUAGAAUGGCCCAUUCAAAUUUCAUAAUUGCUUCAUUGUACUUAAACUCGGAGUGAGCAAAAUCCUUCCUUCAGAAUCGUAAAUCAGUUGCCUCAGGAUAUCUAAAAAACGUUUCAAUGAGUUUAUGAUGUCGUAAAUUGAAGCUUGUGACUUGACUGUAGAAUAAAAUCAUCCGACCUAAUUUAGGAAACCUAAGAUAAAAAAUAAUACCUACUUAUUUCUUUAUUUUUCCAAUCUAUAAAUUCAUUGGUGUCAUGCAUUUGAUUGCACCUAAGUGCACGGGCUCAAAGAUUUGUAUGUAAAUAAUUUAAAUUUAAAUUCAAAAUUUAUUGCGCAUAUGGUUAGUUAAACAAUGCAGAUCGGCUGCCCCAUUUCAAAACCUAGUAAGUGUGAUUGACAAAAUUUUACAGGAGACCAAAAAAACAUGUUUUAUGGUCGCCCUGCUGAACUUCUCAGUAUCAAUGUCAAUGAAUAAUUGAUGUUUCGUAAAUAAACUACUUUGAAAGCUUUUAUUUGAUGUAUUUAUUAUUUAUUACAAAAACAAAAAGAUACAGCCAAAAAGUAUUUGAGCCCGAGUAACUUUGAAACUAUUUUAUUUUAACAGAAAUCCAGUAAAGUGUAUAAUUUGAAACAAAUGAUACAUUAAAUAAAUGGUAUGUGCCGAAAUACUUCAGUUAUUCUGAACUAACAACACUCACUUUAAUUGAAAAACAAGUACCUGUAAAAAUGUAUAUCUGAAAUAAUGUUACUUAUCUACUGUUCAUCCUUUUUAAUAAGCUCUGCCCACUUCUGUGUAAUCUUUAUUAAGAUUUAAUAAUUGUUAUCGAUGUAUGUGUUCAUAGUUAAGAACUUAAUAACAAACGGAGCAAACAUGAUUAAUAUUAUUUCAUACAACCUUAAAAAUCUAACGACGAACGCUUGAAAAGUAAUUUAUCAUUUUUAAAAUAUUAUGUACAAUCACAUACUUUUUUACUUUAAGUAAUUUAACGAUUUUAUUGAAGUUGUUUUGUUAUUAAUAAGUAUAUGAAUAAAUGUGUAGAAUGUGGACACACUAUUACGCUAGGAAUAACGAAACGUCAUGUCAACAAUAUUUUGAUAUCUUUAUGGAUAUUGAGGAUACUCGAUUUAAGUUUUAUAAACUGCAUACCUGUUAAGUAUCGAAUUCUGAAUAAGCUCAUUUUUUUGCUAAGUAAUGAAUUUGUGGUGUAUUGUUUCAGUAUUAUCAGUAUUCGGCCGACUAUCUUUUACUUUACGCGUUUUUAGAGGGUUUUUUUUAGUUUCUAUCGUAGUUAUGGGUAAUUUUUCACAAAUAGUGUGACCAACUGUAAUAUAACGAGAUUAAUUUCAAUAAUUUUAACAUACGAAUGUUAGAUUAAAAUACUUAUUUUUUGACCUUUACUAUAUAAAUAACUAAUAAUAUAAGUUUAGAGUGUAAUUCUACAUAAUUUAGGAGUUUUGAUAUACCUAAAUAAGUAACGAAAAAAAUACAGGGAAUAUGUAUUUAUUUAAAAAUAUAUAUCUAGUUAAAAGUAUUUGGCAUUCGUAAAAUCCACAAUUAGGUACAAGUUCAGUGGAAUAUUGUACACUCCUAAUAUUGAAAUUGUAUGAUUAAAAUUAUAUUAUUUUUUAAAUGAUUAUUACUAUAAUAUGUUUGUACUGUGAACAUUUUAAAUCUGUGAUUUUUUUUAUUAUCAGGUAGUUCUAGUGUUAUACGAAAUUUUUCCAUUGUUAGGUAAAUAUUCUUAUUCGUCGUUGUUAGAAAAUAAUAAUUGUCAAGUGCGUGUCAGAACACGCAUAAAAUAGGGUUCCGUAGAUAUACCUAUCCAACAAGGGAUUAAACUAAAAAACCUAGAAAAUUUGAUUUUCUCAAAAAGCAUGUGUCUAUGGAGCGGAAACAUGUUACGAUAGUCUCGAUGGUUUAUUUUCACUUUAUAUAAUGACUGUUUAAAACACACAGACAUACAAACUGGACAGUACUAUGAAGAUUCCUUGUUUUACUACGGAACCUUAAAAAUGUAGAUAAGGGUAUAAAAUAAAAUUAAUGGUGCCAAAAAAGUUUUGGAGUCAAACUCUUGUCAUUUGGUUUAAUUUAUUAUAUUUAUCGUCAAAAGGCUGUUUUAUGCCGGAGCAACAAGAUAUGCAACAAUACGGCAUGCUACAAAUGGAAACAUUUAUUUAAUAGCAUGCGGUAAUCUAUUGAAUACCCAGACAAGGUUGUGCUGCAGAACUGGGAUGUUACGAUACGGCAGUCUGCUGAUGAGUCUUGCUAUAUUUUAAAUUAUCAUUGUACCAUGCAGCCCCAUGGCAUGCCUCAAUGUUGAACUGUUUUGUUCUGGCGUAAAACGACCUUAACACAUGCGAAUUUAGAUAAUUAAGGAACUUAGUUAUCUAAGUUUAUCGACUAAGUUAAUCUAAGUUAACCGACUAAGUUAAUCUCUAAUCUAUUAGUCCACUUUAUGUCGUCCCAUCCGAUUUUCAAAGACCUUUGACUGUACUAUUAUUUAUUUAUUUAUGUAUUCGGAUGUAUCUACUUUUAUAAUAGCUGUUAAUUAGGGUAUUUUUAAUAAGCUCAGUAAAUAAAUGUAAUAAAGCAUAA